UCCACCUCGGAGUGUCGGGCAUAAGCGCAUAAGUGCUCUAGGCCGCGAGGGUUUCCAGCUGCCUAGUGACAAAACUCAAAACCCCGCAUGACGUCAUGGAAAGUGGGAGGAGUCAGUCCACUGGCCUUCUGGCCGUGGUCGUUGUGGCUUCAAUAAUCAAUCUGAACGAAAUUUCAGUGGAAGGAUCAUCGAGUAUUCCGGAUGUGAAUUUUGUCUACGAGAUGACGCAAUUCCCAAGCUAUACCACAGCUUUUUGUGUCACUGGAGAUGAUACGCUGAGACUUACUGCGAGCACUUUACCAGACUACGAUAACCCUACAGUGGAAGAAUCCCCAGCGGAGAACAGAAUAGACUUCACACUGGACAAUGACAACAGGAAGCUUAGUCGAGGACUGGUGUGUGCAGACGAAGCCAGCAACAAUGUAUCAGUCCCAGUCAUGACUGAGCUUGCGAAGUACACUCCCGAGCAGAUUGCUGUAACCGUCAGUCGGGAACAAGAACUGCGCCUGAGAUUGGAGACCAAUAUUGACCAAGACCACGUAUGGUGGCAGAAAGAACCUGUUCAGUCUAAAUCGUGGUACAAAGCAGAUGUUACAGAGGACAAAACAUUGAAAAUAGCCUACAGCCAGCUACAAGGCUCUGGUCUCUAUUCGAUAACUGAUAACAAGGAAAAUCCUGUCAAAAAAACCUUUGGAACUUUUUCUGUUAUUAUGAGAGAGUGUCCUGAACACAGGUACGGCAGAGGGUGCAAUGAGUGGUGUCCCGACUGCAUGUACGGGGGAGGAUGCAGCGCUGGGAAGGGGGGUUGCGUCUGCUCCCCGGGGCUUUCAGGAGACCGCUGUCAGACCAAAUGUAAAGAGAACAAAAUUGGAAAAAACUGUAACAUUGACAUGGAUGGCAACGGCAAACAAAUCUGUCUGCCGGCUCCCUUCGGCUGCCAGUGCGCCCCGGGGUAUAAGGGACCGAAGUGUCAAACAAGAUGUCCCGAAGGCUUCUGGGGUGCUGGCUGCCUUCAGACUUGCUCCCAUUGCAAAAGGGGUUGCAGUCCGGUCGCUGGGCUUUGCUACGAAAACGAGCAUGCAGACUGUGUUGGAGGUGACCUGGGCCUCCCCCGUCUCCGGAAGCCUCCAAGCAUCACGGCGAUCAAGCAUGACAGGGUGACAGUGACCUUUGACUAUUGGAAUAGGAAUGACAACGACGGCGAACUGCCUCAGGGCACUUGGGUGACGAACUACAUCACUGUGUAUUGGGUACAAGGGGAUCAAGCGAGCGCCUCCAAUGUAUCAUCUUCAAGCAGCGAAAUACAGCUUCUUGGACUGAUUGGGAAGACAAACUACACGGUUAAGGUUCUUGUCCAGGUGGAUGACGGUGAGAAGAAGUGCCAUGAAGAUGGUGAGAAGCGAGGAAGAGUCCACACUGUAGAUUUCACGACAACUUGCCCUGACACACCACCGGAAGUGAAAGGUGUUCAAACGACCCAGAAAACACCGACAUCUUUAACCAUUGAGUGGGGGGAAAUACCGUAUCUCACCAGAUGUGAUCUAGAAUAUAUCUUCGAGUUAUUCAACCUUGAAUCGACUCGCAUCGACAGACAGCAUUUGCAAAAAGGGACAUUCACAGUGACUCAGCUGACACCCUUCACUGCCUACGCUUUUCGAGUGUCGACAAAAGAUACAAAAUCGGGAAAAUUUACAACAUCAGCGUUAUUCGAGACGAGGACCAAUCCUACGGUGCCUGACCCGCCCUUAUUAAACAUACGACAGACAGACUCACAAUCGGUUCAACUCUCAUGGUCUUCCACCGCCGAUGGGUCUGUGUUUUACGAAUACAGUUACAAGCUGAUAUACAUCUCGUGCGAGGAAGACAGAGCUUUCAUCGACAGAAACACAACUGACCUUUCUGCGGAGAUUUCUGUCUGUCCUUAUUGCAAGGUCGUCCUGAAGGUCAAGGCUGGCAACGAAGAGGGGACAGGCGACGCCACAUCAACGGAUUUUCAAACCGAAGCUGCUCGUCCAACGAGCCAAAUAGAGACCAUUCAGUGUUCGUCGGACGUGUGCAGUGCCUCCCUCAAAGAUACUUGCCAUACUUACAAUGGACCCGAAAUAGCCAUCGAAUACACCUUUGUCCCUGUGGACAGUAAACGGCAAACGUGCCACAAGAAGACGUUCAACGAAAGCCAAACCUCUCGACGACUUCCCAUUGGGGAGGACCUCGAUCUCAACAGCUUGAAGGAGAAUCUGCUUCGACAUACGAAAUACAGGGUGGGGGCCCUCGUGGCAAACGAAGAGGGUGUAGCAGCGGAAAACCUAGGCCUGGACACAACGAUUGAAACCAAACCCACAGCUCCCCUCCAUGUGAAAAACCUACGAGUUAAUGGAGCCCACAAUAGCCUCACUUUAAUCUGGGAGGAGCCGGAGGCCUGUCCACCCACGGGAAAAAUCAAAGAAUAUGAGAUUUCUUGGAAAACGGCUGUAGAGCGCUCGUGGUCCCAGCCGGCGAAAACUGCACUCACACAACACAUCAUAGACCAUUUGGUAACCAAUACGGAAUAUGUGGUCAAGGUUGCAGCAAGAAACGAAGGCGUGGACAAGCUAGGUCCGUCGGAGGAGCGUGAAGCCACAACAGAAGAAGGAAAGCCGAGUGUCCCCAGACACAUGACGAUCACAGACGUCACUACAACACAGAUAUCAGUGAGUUGGCAGGAGCCGGAGUUCGCCUCAGGUCAGGUCGCCAGCUACGAGGUCAGCAUCAAGGCGACAACAGGCGGAGUGAGCGCCCGAGCGAAGAAUUUGACGGCUGUUGACCUGACAUAUGCGUUUGAGGGACUGAUGCCCGGUCGCCAGUAUAACAUCACAGUGAAGGUAUGCAACAGCAGACUUUGCAGUGACAACGUAUGGACUUUGAGCUGGACUGUCCCUGAGGUUCCGGGCGUGCAGGGCCAAGUAACGUGGAUCAGCAACCAGCCGUCGGCCACAACCGUCUCUUUACCAUACAUCCUUCGCGAUUCUUCAGUUGACGUUAAUAAUAAGCAGUACGUGGUGGUAAGGAAGGAUGAGGGAGACACAACGAAGUGGGGAGAUAAGGAAUACUUGAUAAGCCUUGCCAAAAGACUAGAGGGUGCCAAACAGCUCCAUAGAAGCGACGUCACUGAAUGGAUCUGCGCGGUUCUCGAGCAUGACGAGGUAGCGAGGGCACCGGACGUCAAGUUUAUCAUUGGAGACAACAAGACACGCCACGGCAUACAUAACCCUCCCCUGGAAAGUGACAAGUGUUACCUGCUAGCAGUGGUCUCUGUGGCGGCAGCUGGUCCUCACGAAAGGUUCCACGUGUCAGAUAUAAAGUCACUGUGUAAAGGACCUCAAACAGCACUCGUAGCAGUUGGUAUUAUUUUUGGAAUUGUGCUCUUGGCAGCGCUAACUGCGAUGGCCGUGCGAAUGAGAUAUGGAAAACAAAAGCGCAAAGAGACCUUAAGCGUGCCAAUUGCGCAACACUAUAAUGGCGUGAUUAGCAGAUCGGAGUCUUCCCACGGGUUUGAAAUUCCCGCGCCGACCAAGCCGUCGCUCCCCCGGCGGGAAACGACCACAGAAUUCAUGGCGCCUCAUGAGGGUUCCAAGGAGGAACAUCGGGAAUCCCACAUUUAUGAGAACUGCAGCCGGAAAAUCACGCAGGAGAAUCUAGAGGCUUAUCUGGCAAGGGCUAUUAACUCUCAGGAUAUCGACUUUGAAUUUAAGAGUGUUCCAGUUUCCAUGCAAAAGAGCUGUUCAUACGGAGAACGAAUGGAGAACAAACGGAAGAACAGAUACCGGAAUAAUCUCCCAUCGCCGGCAUCGGACGCACAGGCACGAUUCUGUUCGUCCUCCUCGCCCUCGACCAGAUACAGACCUCGAGUUACUUUGACGGGCUCGAGGUCCUCCUUCAGCUGAGGAACGGGAGGCCGAGGCUCAUCGAGAACACGAUUCAGUACAACUUCGGCCACCGUAUCCUCCAAGAAUACUUCUACGGCAUCAACACCAGCUUUGCCUGUGGGGAUUUUCCGAAGGAGCUCCCGAUGUUGCGCGAGACGGAGUCGGAAAACGGAACGUCUGCGCUGGAAAUGCAGUAUAAGAAACUGAAGAAUCUCCCAAAGGUUUUGUCAUUUAUUAUGGCCAAGAACCCAGCAUGCGCAAAUCGCAACAGGAAUCCUGACAUUCUGCCUGGUAAGUGUGGUGAGGAUAGUGUACAAAGCAAGCAUUAG